GUUGCCUAACACCCACACAGAAGAACUGUCUAGACUCUAGAGAGAGAGAGAGAGGGCAUAUGGAUGGAAGAGGUGGGUGUUGUAUAGCUAGGUAUGCUGGUUGCUCGUACGAUAUGUCAAAGGUGGACCGUAUAAUGCUCAGAUUCAGGCCGAUCGCACCAAAACCGGCUGUCGGUGGGUCAGUUUCCGAUGGUUCAACGCCGGGAAAAAGAAAAGUAUCUGUCAAAGCUGGACGUGGAAAGAGAAGGUACGUAAGAGAUGGUAACAGUUUUAACAAGAAGUGUAAUAACAGAAAAAGAAAGGGUUCACCGGAGGAAACUGAUCCAUUUGAUAAAAAUAACUCUGGUGGGUCAGUUUCCGGUGGAGAAACGGCGGUGACAUUGCCGUUGUUGCCGGAGGAGCCUGAUCCGAAGGACUCUCUGGGUGGGGCGUCUUCCGGUGACCACUCUGAUGUGACAGUGACGAUAGAUUCUGUCAAGAACGUACCAAUCUGGUUGAGCUUUGAUAAUAGCCACCCCGUGAAUGAUGGUCACCUGACCUCUGGGUUUGGCCACGUGGCUUCUAGGACGGAUCGGACGGUGGUGAUGAUACCACAACCGAUUAGGCUGGUCGGCUCGUAUGUGACGGUUGAAUGUGUGACAGAGACGUGGGUAGAUGGGUAUGGAUUGGGUAGUACCGACAAAGAGAGGGUGAUGAAUCUUGAGCGAGACGCGUGUCCUGGAUUCAUAUCUGACUGUUUAAACAGUGUUAAGUGGGCCAAUGGGGCGUACAGGGAGGAGAUGUUGUUUGGUCCGGGCCAGGUCGACGGUGGUGAUGUGAUGAGGGUAAGAUUGGUGAUUAAGGAUGGUGUGUCAUUGCCGGAGAUGUGUCCGGCGUUCACGUGCCGUUUGAAGGUGGUCACGUGCGGGAAGGAGAGGAGCUCAGUGACUGUGCCUUGUGACGUGUGGAGAAUGGAAGGUGGUGGGUUUGCAUGGAGGUUGGAUGUCAAGGCUGCUCUGUGUUUGGGUCGCUAAACAAAGUAUUGCACUCCUCUUCAAUCCACUAGUACUAGUCGUAUAUGAUAUGACACAUUAUAUAAAUGGACAUGCAAACCUUAAAGUUGUGAAUAGUUUGGUUUGUUUUUGUCAACGGUCUGCUCUCUCUCUCUCUCUCUCUCUCUCUCUCUCCC